CUUCUACGAAUAACACGUAAGCAACGCGCAAGUAAAACCUGUUUUUGACGUUUGAAAAUCAGCUGACCAACAUGUGUCUCGUCAACGAUAUAACUGUCAAAAAUAUGCCUACUAGAUCGCCUAGAUCACCAUGGAGACGCACUUUAAGAGAGCCUAUAAAGCCUCGCCUAUCUCGCAAGAUAAUAACAAGUGCAAGAGUCAACCUCAACUCCUAUUGGUCGAAAUUUGAAGCCACUUCAAAGCCAUCUAUGUUAGACAUUGACAUAUCACACCUACUUUCCAGUAGAGUAUCAUCAAGUGAAAAUGAAAUAACCGAUAAUAUCAUUAAUGAAUUAAUGGAAUUAGGUAAUAAGUAAUUUUAGUUUUAACUUUUAGGUUAGUUUAAUUUUUUGUGUUUGUACAUAAACUAUUUUUACUUAAGCAGCCAAGUGCAAUCUUCUAGAGUUAUUCAAAAUUCGUGCAAUGUUUAGAGAAUACCAUUAGGGUACCACAAAAUCGCAAUAUUUCGUGCAAUCAAAAUUAUAUUAUUUAGAUUUAGGUAACAAUCCAACAUAUUUCAAUGCAUUUUUAUAGCCUGUGAUAUUAUUUUAUACUUCGUGAGAUAAAUUUAAAAAUACAUUGAACUAUGGGGGAUAGUUUUGUGAUAUAAACUUUGUGAUACAAAUCUCUAUAUACGGUCAAAUCAUUUUGACGUGAAAAGCUUUAAAAUGUAUAAAUGUAUAUUACACACGAACACUUUUAUUUGCUCAAGCUUUAAAAUUAAUUGCUUUAUUUUAUAAUUUAAAUUUAACCAUAAUGUCAUUUUUAGAAUGUUGCAAGUAUAACCUAAGCCCACUGGCUUAAGUUAUACUUAUAGCUUUAAUUUUGCCUGUGAUUUUUUGGAGCUUUACUUUCUUUAGUAUAAUUUAGUGCUUUAUUAGUUAGGAGCACACUCUCGACCUGUCAAAUUGACAGGUCAGGGUAAUUAUAGGCCGACAAUGUGUCAAUUUUAUGUAUAAAGUGCAUGUAUUUAGCUUUAAUUUUUUAUAAUUUUUGAAAUGCUUAAGUAAAAAUUUUAAUUUUUUUGCUUAGUUAAGUUUGCACAUGGAUGAUAUAUUGCACUUUUUAGUUUUAAAAAAUAGCUUUCUCGAAGUAGAUUUUUUUUAUAAAAAAGUGCUCAUGAAGCUAUGUGAUUGUGUUAGAUAUUUUGAUAAUGAUUUUGUAAAUUUUUGUGAUAUCAGCUGAUCAUAUGAUUUCUACAUGUUAUUUUUAUAAAAAAUUUAAAUUAGUUUUAAGUUAGUUUUUAGCAUCGUAUUUUUGUGUUUUUGUAUAUUUUUAAAUCAAAAUACCC